UUGGGCUCUGCCUAUGCUGCUUAACGGCCGCGGCGGGAGUCUUCUCCGUUGCUCCAGCGUCCUGCUCGGGAUAUAUGAGGCAUUGGAAGCCCCGUACGACUCAGCCUUCUCAAGUAGACUUCUUUCUUCUUCAAACUCUUUCCGGGAAGUCAUUUCAAUCCACCAUGACAGACUCGUACCUACCCAAAGACUUCCUCUGGGGCUUUGCCACGGCUAGCUACCAGAUUGAAGGUGCUCCCAAGGCAGAUGGCCGAGGCGAAAGUAUCUGGGACACUUUCUGUCGACGACCGGGCAAGAUCGCGGACGGAUCCAGCGGCGAUGUGGCCUGCGAUUCCUAUAACCGGACAGCUGAGGACAUUGAGCUGCUCAAGUCGACCGGUGCUCAAUCAUACCGCUUCUCAUUGUCGUGGUCGCGCAUCAUUCCCCUGGGCGGCCGCAACGACCCUAUCAACGAGAAAGGCAUCCAGCACUAUGUUAAGUUUGUCGACGACCUACGUGCCGCUGGCAUCGAGCCUAUGAUUACGUUGUUCCACUGGGAUCUUCCCGAGGAACUUGAUGCCCGGUAUGGUGGAUUGCUCAACAAGGACGAGUUCUCCAAGGACUUUGAGAACUAUGCCCGCGUGUGCUUCAAGGCGUUUGGAGACAAGGUCAAGUACUGGAUCACCUUCAACGAGCCCUGGUGCAGUUCCGUGCUCGGAUUCAGCAUUGGACAGUUCGCUCCGGGCCACACCAGCGACAGGUCCAAGAGUGAUGUGGGUGACAGUUCCACGGAACCGUGGAUUGCGGGACAUUCGUGCCUCGUGGCUCACGGUCGUGCUGUCAAGGCAUACAGAGACGAUUUCAAGGCCAAGGAUGGUGGCCGGAUUGCAAUCACAUUGAACGGCGACUGGGCCUAUCCAUGGGAUGAGAACGACCCCAAGGACGUUGAGGCCGCCAACCGCAAGAUCGAAUUCGCAAUCGCGUGGUUCGGUGACCCAAUUUACUUUGGCAAGUACCCAGACUCGAUGCGCGCACAGCUGGGGAACCGCUUGCCGGAGCUCACGCCCGACGAAGUCGCUCUCAUCAAGGGCAGCAACGAUUUCUAUGGCAUGAACCAUUACUGCGCAAACUACAUCCGCCACAAGGAGGGCGAGGCCGACAUCAACGAUUUCGCAGGCAACCUCGACAUCCUGUACCAAAACAAGGAAGGUACCUGGGUCGGUCCCGAGACGCAGUGCCCCUGGCUUCGCCCGAACCCCAAGGGCUUCAGGCUGCUCAUUAAGUGGCUCUCGGAUCGGUAUGGUGGCCCGACUUUCUAUGUAACGGAGAACGGGACGAGUUUGAAGGGUGAGAGUCAGUUGCCGCUCGAGCAGCUGCUCGACGACGAAUUCAGAUGCGAAUACUUCCGCGGCUACAUCGGCGCGCUGGCUGAUGCGCAUGCCAUAGAUGGCGUCGAUGUGCGAGGAUAUUCCGCUUGGAGUCUUAUGGACAACUUCGAAUGGGCCGAAGGCUACGAGACCCGCUUCGGCGUCACCUAUGUCGACUACGAGGGAGGCCAGAAACGGCACCCCAAGAAGAGCGCCAAGGAAAUCGGCCAGAUCUUUGCAAAAUAUAUCAAGAAGGAAUAACGAUGUAGUCGCAUGAGCAACCGAUAAACCCAUGAUCAGCAGACCUGUAAGAAGUAUUGCUAAUCUCUUAUCUAUCGGCGACGAGCAGACCAAGGGGGUUUAGGUGAAGGGGAAUUCCUAGAGAAGGCAGGAUGGAUUGGGUUGGCAAGAUCAUUGAAGGAACGUGAUCAUUGUUUUUUUUUCCCUUGCUGGUGUGAUAUAGGUAGGACAAAACGUACAUAACAUGCAAUCAAAGUACUUACACAAUUAUUGACACGCGCCACACUCGUUCUCGUUUGUCUUGUUUCCUGUUGUUUCUACAUCGCUUCUCUUCUCUUGACAUGUCCUCCUCGCCACCAAACUGCGAACAAUCAAUGGAAAUCAUUCAAAUUUCUUACAACGAUUUUUACCACCACUCACCACUCACUACUCUCCUCCCCUAACUACAAACCUAUACAUAUAUUUUUAUACGCUUGUAUAUACAUACCCCUCUAAAACAAUCUCUAAAAUAUACACUCUCUUCUUGAGUAUUGCAGCCUGGCCCGGUGCCAAAAGCAAAACUCCUUGUGUAAACCUUUUUGUCCCCGCUUACUAUUCAUCACCUUAUUUUAUCCGCCUUUUU